CAGAGGGAGGGAGGGAGGCGAUGCACCGAAGACUCGCGACCUGGGACAGGCAGCGAGGAGUCAAGGCGAUGGAGUUGGGGAAGUACCGAAGGACGAGUUCGCGAACUGCGGUCAUAUCUCCCCCACACCCCCGAUCCUCUGUCGGCGCUCCCCAUACCCAGUGCCCCAUCUCCUUCCUAAACCCCAGAGAAAUUUCGUGUCAGCGGAGGAAGGCGUUCGGCCAGUUGCGAGGUUAAAAGCAAAGUCUAAUGUCAUGCGCAUAAUUGCGUGUACGUACAGGUGGGAUGAAAAUCUUGCAGUAGCAUCACAGGCACAUAGCAACGUUCAACAUAGAAUAGAUGUAAAUUAUAUGCAAUUUGCGGCCCAGUCUGAUCCUGCUUUCCAGCACUGACUUCUCCGUUUGAAAAUUCUGGGAGUUGCAAGGAUCCUCUGGAUGUAAAAUAAAAAAUCCCCAUCUUCUAUCCAGAAUUUAACGUCACUGUAAAUCUUUGCUUUGUUUUUUCCCCACCUAACUGCCAAGAAAAAUGGGCCUUUCAUGUAUUUUCAGUUUGGAUCUACUAUAAUUUAAAAACAGCAAAGAAAAGACAGUGGAUAUUAAAAACACUCAGCAGAAUGAGAACCAAGUUAACACUUCAGGUGGAAGAUCCAUUUGUCAGAACUGGACUUGUGUUUUCAUCAUUACGGUUUUUAAGUUCUUCAGCAAAUGAUGACAGAUCUUCAAGCUUUCAGCCUCCACCAAAACCUGUUAUCGUAGACAAAACUCAGUCAAUCACAUCACAAAGCAGAUUUGUAAGUCCAGAGUUCAUAAUGAGAAGAGGGAGGACGAAUCCCAUAAAAUUCAUCAUAGAAAGAAAGGACAUGCUUCAGAGACGGAAAGUACUGAAUAUACCAGAAUUUUACGUAGGAAGUAUUCUAGCUGUUACAAUGGCAGAAACAGGUGAUGAUAACAAAGCUAACAGAUUUGUUGGAAUCUGCACCCAAAGAUCAGGAAAAGGAUUAGGUGCAACUUUUGUACUCAGAAAUAUCAUAGAUGGACAAGGCAUUGAGAUCUGCUAUGAUAUGUAUAACCCUCAAAUUCAGCAGAUUGAAGUGUUGAAGCUAGAAAAAAGACUGGAUGAUAACCUAAUGUACCUGCGUGAUGCUCGGCCAGAGUACAGUACAUUCGAUUUUGAUAUGAAGCCUGUGGCCCACUCUGGUUCUGAGGUCCCCAUAAAUCCGCUAAAAGUUAAAAUGAAGCCCAAACCAUGGUCAAAACGUUGGGAACGUCCAAAGUUCAACGUGCAGGGCAUACGCUUUGAUUUAUGCCUCACAGAAGAGCAAAUGGAAAAAGCCAAAAAAUUUGAUAAACCGUGGAUUAAAUAUGAUAUGAUGAGAGAAUAUGACACAUCCAAGAUUGAGAAAAGUAUUGAGCUGGAAUUGCAAAAAGAGCUCAAUAAAUGAAACAUUCCAGGAUUGUCCUUGUAUGGCCUGAAGAGUUGAGCACUACCAGUGUAUUGAACACUUGUCUUAACUGUUGGUAACAGAAAUAAAAAAUGAUUUAUUUUGAGUUUUUGGCAAUUUCAGUUACCUGGAUAGAAAUUAUAUUAUAUUCAUUUUUAUAUUAGCUACAGAAUUCAACUUUAUGAACAUACCUUGUUGAUAAAUGAAUAAAAGUGAUCUUUGUGAA